ACGACAUAGUUGGACGUGUGCAGACUCGUAUUUAUUAUACAUGAUGUUUGGCGCAAGACCGAGAGCGGGUGAGGUUGACAAAACACACAUUUACCCCAAAGACCUGGUCAAAGGCGCUGCCAACUUGGGUCUGAUGGCUGUGGAGGUUCCGGAAGAAUUGGGUGGUACCGGUAUGGACGCCCUGGCAUACGCUAUUGCAAUGGAAGAGGUCUCGAGGGGGUGUGCGAACACUGGAGUGGUGAUGAGUGUCAACAAUUCCCUGUAUCUGUCGCCCAUUAUGAAAUACGGAACGCAAAAGCAAAAGGAAGAAUUUGUCACACCUUUCAUCGAUGGAGAAAAGGUGGGAUGCUUUGGUCUUUCUGAGCCUGGAAAUGGUUCUGAUGCAGGAGCAGCCAGUACAACCGCCCGCCUAGACGGCGAUGAGUGGGUUAUCAAUGGUACUAAGGCAUGGAUCACCAACGGAUACGAGUCAGAAGCCUGUGUGUUGUUUGCCACUACCGAUAAAUCCUUAAAGCAUAAAGGUAUCAGUGCUUUCAUCGUUCCUAAGCCCAUCGAAGGACUAACGCUCGGAAAGAAGGAAGACAAAUUGGGCAUUCGCGCAUCCAGUACUUGCAACUUAAUCUUUGAGGAAUGUCGUAUUCCUAAAGAGAAUCUGCUGGGCAAGGAGGGCGAAGGCUUUAAGAUUGCAAUGACUACUCUUGAUGGUGGUCGAAUUGGAAUUGCCGGACAGGCUUUGGGUAUCGCUCAAGCAUCACUGGAUUGUGCUAUUGACUACGCCCAGCAGCGUAAAGCGUUUGGCAAGCCCAUCGCAAAUCUGCAACUUAUCCAGAUGAAGUUGGCUGAUAUGGAGAUGAAGGUAGAGUCCGCGCGUUUGUUAACGUGGAAGGCUGCUAUGCUCAAGGAUGCUGGAGAGGACUUUGUUAAGGCCGCCGCGAUGGCUAAGCUUGCUGCAUCAGAGGCUGCUACCUAUAAUGCUCACCAAGCCAUCCAAGUGUUGGGUGGUAUGGGUUACACAUCCGACAUGCCCGCCGAGAGGUACUACAGAGACGCGCGUAUCACGGAAAUCUAUGAAGGUACCAGUGAGAUCCAGAAACUGGUGAUCGCUGGGCGUUUGCUCAAGGAACAUAGUAUUUAAAUGGUAGAAAUGCGGAUUCGGGUCAGCUAAUCAGAGCGACAACGGUGCAUUCAUUUUGAAUAAACAAGAAACUCGCCACUACACAG